AAAUGUUUACCAAUAAAAUUUGCUAAGGCAUCCUGGAAAUUCUAAAUUUACUCUAUUGACCCUUUUAAGACCACAGAAACAAAUUGCAUUAAAUGUAAAAUCUUGGAUGAUAACAUUUUAAACUAAGGUCAGCCCUUAUCACAAUUUAUGUAUUAAUCAAUAGAAGGAUAAUUAUUCUCUAAAAUAAGAGGUAUUAUAAGUAAAAGUAUUAACUCUUGAUAAAAAAACUAUAUAAAAUUUUGUUAUAAUCUAAUAACAAAUGAGCAAGCCAACGAAGUUCAUAAGUAAACUUUAUGAGAUUCUUGAAGUGAGUUAUUGAGUUUAAAUUAAAGUCAAAUGAGUAUAGGAAAUAUAUCCGUUGGUUACCAUCUGGGGAUGGGUUUGUGAUUCCUAGGAUUGAAGAAUUUUCUGAAAAAGUGAUGGUUGAAAACUUCACCACGAAAUGCUUUUAAUCUUUUUUGAGAUAGUUGAGUAUGUAUGGAUUCAGCAUGAAGAAAAACGAGAGAAACCAGAAACAAUAUUAGCAUUAGUAUUUUGUGAAGGGGAAUUUCAAGGUUGAAAGUUCGAAGUAUUUAGGAUUUGUAUAAGGUAGUCCGCAAUUAGAGAUAAUAAGCUGUAUCAGUGGAUGAGAGCAAUCUAAAUUAGAUGAGGUAAUCAAAUAUUGAGUUGAAAAUACAAUUGGAUAGAUUGAAGGAACAAUAAGGACUCUUGUCUUACCAUUUAAGAAUUUAAUCUAAAAAACAGGAAUUAAUUUUAAUGAAAUUAGAUGAUUUGUUAAAGGUAAUAGUUUAUUUGAUUGAAAUCAAAUUAGAAAUGCCAGAAGAAAAAGAAUCCUGAAAUUUAUAAGCCUUACAAACAAACAUGGGAUUUGAUGAUGAAUUUGCUGAAGGGUUAUUAACCAUAUUAUGGUUCCAUUCUAAUAGAGCCUUUGUAAGAAAUUUGUGAGCCAAUGACUCCGUUUUCAGAAAUCUAGAAUACUCCACUUUAAUUUCCCUUUAUUUGA